CAAAACAAUGAUGAGCCAAUGAUGUGUAGGUGAUCUUUCUGACGGACAUUUCGGAUUUCAAUAUAUUUUAUGUUUUCAUAUGAAAAUCUUGGACAAACAUUUUCUAUCAUGGAUAAAGAUCAAAUUUGUGUGUUAUCUGGACUUACGUUGUUUGCAUUAGGCAUUGGGGCGUUUAUAAUUUGGGGUCCUAACUCUUCUCCUGCAAGGCGAGGAGGUGUCAUUGGUCUUCAAAACCUGGGUUUGACCUGCUUCCUCAACACUUUGCUUCAAGCAAUGGCGUCAUGUGCAAUAUUUGUUGAGUGGCUAGAAAGUUGCCAUGGACAAGGCCCUGUGGCAUCUGCUCUCUAUUAUUUGCUUAAAGUUCUCAGCACCGAGCCAGCAAAGCUGCCUGAAGGUAUAGAGGAGCCCCUUGCUCCUAGUGGUUUCAUACAAGCACUGAGAGGCCACGGUUGGUCCAUUGGCUUUGGAGAGCAAGACGCUCAUGAGCUGUUCCACCUUAUCAUGGCAACAUUGGAGGAGGAGGCUCACAAAACAUCAGCUAAUGAGGGCAGUCUUACUGAUGCUUUAGAACCAAAACGAAGAAACUCAACUGGUGACGUGGAAGAGAGUCAUAAAUCAUCAGGAGACAAAGGCGAACCACAAUCUCUCCCCCCAGUCCUCAAGUUUUUAUCUUAUAGGCUUGUCAACAAACAAGGAGAGCCUAUAACAAGGAAAAUCCUACCCAAGUACGACAGCAACAAAAACUGUCAGGCCUCUCCCUUCUGUGGUCUGUUGACUAGUCAGCUGCAGUGUGUGGAUUGUGGAUUCAAGUCAGUCGUCCGUUAUGACAAGUUUGAUAGCCUGUCUCUGCAUCUACCAGAGAUGGGCAGUGGUUUUUUACAACCAAUCACACUAGCACAUCUGUUAGACCGGUUUACCCAGACUGAGUCUGUCAAUGGUGUUGUGUGUGAAGGAUGCAACAACAAUCGAGCUCCUGACCAGCCUCCCAUCACUACUACUUCUCUCAAGACACUGUCCAUUGGCAAGUUGCCAAGGUGCUUAUGCAUCCACAUUCACCGCAUCUCCAUGGACAAGCAUGGUUCUCCCUAUAAACGACCUGACUAUGUAGACUUUCCUGAGUAUCUCUGCAUGGAUCCGUACACUCAGAAUUCAAUAAUUAAAGAACAGAAGUUGAAAGAGGAUGUCAAACCAGAUGGGGAUGAAACUGCUGAAUGUUCCACGCCCAAAUCUUUACCUUGUAGGAUGGGAUCGUACAACCACAUAUACAGGGUGAAGGCUGUUGUGGUUCAUCGAGGUUCUGUGCACAACGGACACUUUGUGACGUAUCGCCGAGGGCCUCUACAGUCCAGCACUCGACACAGGUCUGACAGGUGGUACUUAACAUCAGAUGAAUCAGUGACUUCAGCUACAUUAGCAGGAGCUAUGGAGGCAAAUGCAUACAUGCUCUUCUAUGAAAAAUGUUCAAUGACUCCUACUUAAAUACAAGGAUUUACCAAUAGAGAGCAAUAGACUGUGAUGUAGACUUAAUUAGUAACUAAUGUUUGUCAUUUCAUAGUGGGUCAUAUAAUUAUUUUCUUAGUUUGGGCUUUGUUACUGUUUCAAAAUGCAGGGUGAUUAAAAAAGAAGUAAACAACUUAAUACGUAGCCUAUAUAAACUAAAAGUUAUGUUGUUUAUGUCAGUGUAGUUGGUACAGUGGAUAGUUAAAUACCUGAAUUUUGAUUUGAAACAGCCGAUUGUUGUCAACAACGCAAACAUUCUGUAGAGUUUCAGAGUUAAGUAAGUAUUUCUGUAAAAAAUUGCUCUUAAACUUUUAAUGAAAUAUUUUUCUGGGCUUGAGUUUGUAGAAAUUUUAUCAGCUACUGUUGAUUUAGGACUCAUUGUAGGCCUGAUAAAUCUAUAUAGAAUGACAUAAGAAGUUCAGCACUAAAGAUUGUUGAACAAAUAAUAAACCAUUGAGAGGCCUGAGGUAACUGCUGUUACUGUUGCACUUACUCAAAAGAAGUCGGCAAGGGAGGUGAGUUUAAAAUUCUACAACCAAUGGUUUUAAGUAUAAUGAUCUUAUACGUAUUAUAAGAAAGUAUCCAGAUGAGAAUCUCCCGAUGCACUUCACAUCAUCAAGCUAAUGUUGCAAUGUCCUCCGCAUUGCCCUGAUUUAAUUCCUCGUUAUUUAUAUUUGUGGGAUUAUGUGAAAGACAACAAGUUUGUACAGCUUUUCCUAUCAAACCUUUUGCUGCUAAAGAGAAAGGAUUGUUUCUACAGUAAAGAAUAUUGAUCAGCUCACUCAUCAGGGAGUUUGGACAAUGCUAAAAAAUGGAUUGUAUUAUUCUGUGCAAACCAAAAUCCACACUUUAAACUUUUGUGAUCCAUGGAAAAAAUUUCAAGAACUAUUUUCAGAAAACAUAAGAUGCAUUCUUCUUGUAUAACAUUAUUAGAACAUCAAAGUUGUUUAUUUCUUUUAGAAUCGCCCUAAUGUUAUGUUAAAAUCUCCUGGUUUAUUUAUAAAGUGUAUACAUUUGUAUGACGUAAUUAAUGUCCAGUGUACGUUACAUUGCCAUAUUUAUAGAAAAAAUAUUUUCCUUUAUCCACACUGUAGAAAACACCCAAAAGCUUUAGUUUCUGCUACAUCAGAAAUAACAGUAGUCUCUUGGAUAGGUGAGUUUUCUAAAAUAAAAACAGUUCUUCCUUAACUCGUUACUCAUUUCAAUAAGUUUCAUUCUUGUUAAACAACUGUUUCACAUUCAGUUAAGGUGUUGUGGUCCAGUGGGCUGGGCUGAAAUAUUCCUCCCAAUACUGAUUACUACUAGGGAUUGACGGGUCACGAAUUUUUGAGAAAUUUGCAAGAUUAACCCUUUAACUGGAAGCGGGACUGUAGUCACGUUUUGGUCAAGGUUUUGGUUAACUCCAAAAAAAUUGGUUAAAAACAAUUGUAAAAUGGAAUAAUUUUGCACAGCAGCUUUUGAUUUAAAACACUAUAAAAUAUGCAUUUAUAAAAUAUAUAUACAUUUGUAUGACGUAAUUAAUGUCCAAUGUACGUUACGUUACCAUAUUUAUAGAACAAAGAUUUUUCUUUAUCCACAUUGUAGAAAACACCCAAAAGUUUUAGUUUCUGUUACAUCAGGAAUAACAGUAGUCUCUUAGAUAGGCAAUUUUUCUAAAAUAAAAAUAGUUCUAAAAUAAAAAGGGUAUUUGCCCUUAUAACCAUAUUAUAUAUUAAUAUUAUACUAGCUGUUGUACCCGUGCUUUGCAACGGGAAGAGGACACAAACAAAAUUAUAAUACUGCACCCUGUUAAUAAACCUUAUAACUUUUUAAUGCUAUUUAAUAUAAUAGAACCAACUUGUGUAGUUGAAACAGCUGACAAAAUUCUUUUGUUCCUUUUAAAUAUGAUUAGGCCUACUCAUAAGGUUAACAUGGGAAACUCCAGAGCCACUGGGGCGGAGCCCAAAAUGACUUUUGAUAUAAAAAUGUGUCUGUAUGUUAAUUGGGAAUGUGAGCUAUCAUCACACCAAAUUUCAGCCCGAUCUGACCAGUAUCUUUUGCGUUUACUUGUCACAAACAUACAUCCAUACAUCCAAACUUUCUCAUUUAUAAUACUAGCAGAAUACCCGUCCUUCGUACAGGGGUUGCGUAUAAGUAUAAAAUGCUUAUUGCAGUUAUACUCAUGCUUUGUGUUUGCAUUGGAAGAGGACACGGUUUGAUAAAAUUUGAUUCUUUUAAUUUACGGAAGCUAUAGUAUAACACAUAUACCAUAGCAAUAAUGUUCUACCCCUACACCUAAACAAUAAAAAAGUAAAUUUUCGAAUAUCCGCACAAUAUCAAAACAUUAUUUAUAUAUUAAAAACAUAAACUUAAUUUUAAACAAUCCUACUUUAACAGUUCUUAUUGUGCAUCACAGCCUUUUGUUGCGGUUUGGUUCAAAUUAGCUAUGUUGUCAUGAAUUAAAAAUCAAAUAAUAGUGCUGCACCCUGUUGGUGAACCUUAUAACUUUUAAUAAUAUUGAAUAUCAUAGAACAAAUUGUGUAAUUGAAACAGCUGACAAACUCCUUCAAUCCCUUUUAAAUAUGAAUUCUCAUAAGGUUAACAUUGGAAACUCAAGAGCCACUGGGGCGGAGCCCGAAAGGAUUUUUGAGAUAAGAAUAUGUCUAUAUGUUAAUCGGGAAUGUGAGCUAUCAUCAUACCAAAUUUCAGGCCAAUCCGACCAGUAGUUAAAGCGUGAUUGAACUUCAAACAAACAAAUAAACACACAAACUUUCACAUUUAUAAUAUUAGUAUGAUUAUUAUAGUAGGAUUAAUAAAGGGGAAUAAAUUUACUUUCAUUUUAUAUAGUUGGUAUUCGGGUGUUAUGUGUUUGGAAAAUAAUAUACAUGUUGGAAUAACAAAAUGUAUUUCUAAAAAAAAACAUAAAGAUUUAUAUUAAAGUCAUAAAGAUCAUUUAUGACAUCAUUUACAGUAAUGAUCAUUUUCCAUGAACAACUCUUACUUCAUUUGAUCUCCAAUGUUAUUGCCUUUACAAAAGUGUAUUCUUCCUACAUUUCUUGAGAUCACAUUUAUUUGGGUUUUGUUCAGGGCCGGAUUUCCCAAUAGGCCCGGUAGGCCCGGGCCUCUGGGCGCAUGGUCCCAGAGGGCGCACAGCCGAGAGUAAUUUUUCUUAUACCUAGCUAGGCUCUCUAAAAUAAAAAGUCAUAGUUGAUAAAAAAACUCCAAGGCAUUGUGAUUCUGAAUUUCAUAAGAUGAAAUAAUUGUUAGGGAAUGUAAUCUAUUUUCAGAAUCAUGCAUCAAUUUCAUUACAAAAUUGGUAAAUAUCAAAGAACAUUGGUUAUACGGGAGUAGGCUCUAGGGAUGUUGACGAUGACGAGCGCCCAAGGGGUAUGCAUGCUGGCUCGGGCUCGGUACUACUGGUCAGAUUGAUUAGGGGCGCAUGCGUACUAGACAUCACUUCACCUCAAAAGUUAAGUCUUUUGAUUAGUUUACAACAAUCUGCAGGAUCAAGUUAAAAUAUAUAAUAAGUUCUGUUGAAUAUCAAAACAACAUGUAUUUACCUUUAAAAUUAACUAAAAAAUAUUAAUCUCAGUUUGCAUUGGAUUUUAGAAAAAUUCAAUACCCUCCAAAACAUCAGUAAUGCUGUCAUUUUCUCCUCAGACCUAAGUAAGGUCGGUACGGUUAGCCGGAAUAUUGCUCUGUUUUGCUUUGGAAACCACUCUGCAUAUUUAAUCUAGAUGUAGUACGACCAUAGAUUACUCAGACUUAUAUAAUUAUAUACUUCAGACUUAUAUAAUUAAUUACCAUAGAUAUUACUCAAGUCGACUUCUUAUGACAUUGUUAAUUCAAAGUUUUUCAUGGGUAGUUCAUGUUGGUACCACUGGACGUUAGUUUUGACGUAAUUUAGAAAUUUUGUUUCCAUUAUUUUAGGGUAAGUUCUAUGAUGUGUUUCAAUUUCUAGUAAAAUAACCAGGAGACGACCUAUUUUUAAUCAUUAGAUCGUUUUAUUUUGGAUAACUAGGUUUAAACAUAGAUAAAACAUACUCCUCAAAAUAACAAGAAUUGUUUUCAGCUAAAAUGGUGACAAAUCGACUAAAGGAGCAGGUUUAAUCUAUGGUAUGACGUACUGUAUGGAGUUCAUGUUUUUUGGCCUGGAAUUGGAAUCAAUGGCCAUGUUUUUUUGCAGGAAUGCUCGGGUGGUUGAGUUUUUUUGUUUCAGUCCCACCACGGCCACAAACGUGAGCAUUUAUUAAAAGCAUAAAAUUGCUAAAUAACGUGUUUAAGACAGCAUUUUGUUAAGGCUAAACAAGUCAAUUCUUAAAAAAAACUUGCUCUGAUUCCAAAGAGGAGUGUUAUUCAAGCAGUUAACUUAGGCCAAUGGGAAUUAUAUAGUUUUUAAUAAAGGUUUGAAGAAAUGUGACCAGACUAGGGGGCGGAAAAUUAUUUGGGCCUAGGGGCGCAAAAAUGCUAAAUCCGACCCUGGUUUUGUUUGAAAUGUGGAGCACAAAAUUGUAAAAUUUUCCAUUUUUUCGAUUUAGGUCAUACAUUUAUAAAACAGAAAGGUAAUUGAAAUACUUUUACAUUUUAAUGUUGGAAAAUAAAUUCCAUAACAUUUUGUAUAUCUUGAAUUUUGAGAGAAUUUGAGUUCAUGCAGCAAAGUUUUACACAUCCAAUAUUAGAAAAAUAAUUUUUUUCUACCUAAUGUAAUGUCAAUACAUACGGUUUUAAAUAUUUAUUUUGUUGCCAUUUUCAAAUUCUUAAAUUUCAUUACGAACAAUUCAAGUAGGCCUAUACGGUUCAAUAGGAUUGCUCUAUUGGUUUAGUUUAUAUGAAUUUCCAAAAUAUGACUGCAAAAUCACCAAAAAUGCCUUGCCGCUCCAGAAAUUGCCAAUUGCCAGAUGCAGGGUUAAAAAAUCUCGUUAGUUCAAGCAAAAUUGACUUUACCCUGAGACGAGAUUAUAGACAAAAAUUAGAAGAUCUUCAUAAAGGAAACGCAACAUUAACACGCAUCUGUGUUGCGGAUUAUUCCAGAGACUUUCUCAAGAUAGUUUUUAACUGUGUGCAUCUCAAAAAUCGGUUUAUCUGGUGUGACCCUGGUCCCGUCUAGGCUAUACCGGAUAUAAUAGGUUUUACUGUAUAUGCUAUCAUUAUCACUGAGAUCAGAAGUAACAUGGUACAAAGCUACUACAAUUUUCUUUCGUCUCUUAUAGACGGUUUUUUUUUUUUUUUUUGUGAUACAGUAUUUAGUUACAGUACAUGUUACAGUUUUACAAGAUGUCUUAUUUUAUUUUUUUCUUAUUUAAGGUUUUCAUAACUAUUUAAAUAAGUUUCUGUAAGCUUUUGUUAUUUUGUACACUCUUUUUGUAUCAACCUUUGUUUGUAAUAAAUAGCCUACCGGUACUGUAAGUUACCUAUUGUACUUACGGUGUUGUUUUAACAGUGCUAUUUAUUAAACAUUGUGAAACUGCGCAAACGAAUUAUUAAUUCCCAAAGUCAAUGCCGAUAGUUAUGAGAUCUAUAAUCUCGUCUUGAAUUAUUGUGAGAAAAAAGAAUCUCGUCUCAAACUUAAAAUCCAGUCUCUUCCAUCCCUAAUUACUAAAGGUGUUGACACAUUUCAAUUCUCAAAUCGUGGCAAAUAAUCAAUCAGAAUUAAGAUUUUGACAAGUGAAAGAUUAUCUCUGUGUGAGUUCUGGAAUGGUGUUGAAGUUUCACCAGAGAUUGUACUGUUUGGAACAUUCUAAUAACAAAGUUAAAUCUUAUUAUAAUUAAAACCAUGUUUCUUUUUAUAUCACUUUCACUAGAAGUGGCUUAAAAUACCUGUAUUAUCGGUAAUCCAAUCAGUGGCAGGG